AUGCUCUCCCGCUCCAUCCAAUCAUCCCGGAUUAGCUUUCGAGCCUCUUCAUCUCUGACCUGGUCUUCCGUCGGACAAAUCCGUCCUGGUCUUUUGACCAAUCGAACUCUGGCGACCAUCAACUCUCCCCGCUUCACCCCUGCGGACUCAAUUGCUGCCAACUCUCGUCUCUCUACAAUCUCUCGACACUUUUCUUCGUCCCCCGCCCCUAAGAACCAACAAUCAUCCAAUAUGGCUCCCGUUGAAACACAACAGUAUGACUACAUCGUCCUCGGCGGUGGUAGUGGUGGCAGUGGAAGCGCCCGCCGCGCAGCGGGUUGGUAUGGCAAAAAGACCCUAAUCGUGGAAAGCGGACGGUCUGGCGGUACCUGUGUCAACGUGGGAUGUGUCCCUAAGAAGAUGACUUGGAACUUUGCGACCAUCAACGAGAUGCUCCACAUUGGAAAGAGCUAUGGCUACGACAUCCCCGAUAACAUUGCUAUGAACUACACCCACUUCAAGAACACCCGCGACGCAGUCAUCAAGCGGUUGAACGGCGCCUACGAGCGCAACUGGGGUCGCGAAGGAAUUGACCUCGUCCAAGGUCGUGCUGGCUUCGUCGAGCCUCACACUAUUGAGGUCAAGCUGGCCGACGGCUCCGGCACUGCCCGCUACACCGCACCCCACAUCCUGUUGGCGACCGGUGGCCGACCCAACAUCCCCUCCGUGCCCGGCGCCGAGCACGGUAUCACUAGCGACGGAUUCUUCGAGUUGGAAGAACUCCCCCCGAAGAUCGCCGUUGUCGGUGCUGGCUACAUCGCUGUUGAGCUUGCUGGUGUCAUGAACGCUGUUGAUGUUGAGACCCACAUGUUCAUCCGCGGCGAGAACUUCCUGCGCAAGUUCGACCCUAUGAUCCAGAAGACUAUGACUGAUCGCUACGAGGCUGCCGGCGUCAAGCUUCACCGCAGCCACGGUGGUUUCAAGGAGGUGCAACUCAUCCGCGAUGGCAAGGGCAAGGAUCGCCUGCUCAAGCUCAUCGGCCAUGAUGGCUCUGAGCUCGAGGUCAACGAGCUUCUCUGGGCUGUGGGCCGUGCCCCCGAGGUCGAAGACCUGGACUUGGAUAUUCCUGGUGUUAAGCUGAAUGCUGGCGGCCACGUCGUGGUUGACGAGUACCAGAACACCUCCGCUGAGGGUGUCUACGCUCUCGGUGAUGUGACCGGCCAAGCUGAACUGACCCCUGGUAAUUGCCAUUGCUGCCGGCCGCCAACUUGGAAGCCGCCUCUUCGGCCCCCCGAGCUGAAGCACUCCAAGAUCUCCUACGAGAACAUUCCUACCGUCGUCUUCUCGCACCCCGAGGUCGGCUGCGUCGGUCUUACCGAGCCUGAAGCCCGCCAUAGCUAUGGCGACGACAAGAUUAAGGUUUACCACACCAAGUUUACUGCCAUGUUCUACGAUGUCGGCUUGUCCCCCGAGGAGAAGGCGAAGAACCCCACCGAGAUGAAGAUCAUCUGCGCCGGUCCCCAGGAGAAGGUUGUUGGUCUGCACAUCCUUGGUCUUGGUGUCGGUGAGAUGCUGCAGGGCUUCGGUGUCGCUAUCAAGAUGGGUGCUACUAAGAAGGACUUCGAUAGCUGUGUUGCUAUCCACCCUACUAGCGCCGAGGAGCUUGUGACUAUGCGGUAA